UUUCCCAACCCUUCCACCCAUUAUCAUUCCCUGUCCCUGUCCCUGUACCCCUCGAUCCUGGAUCGGCAACCGGGAAAGGAUUCAUUUCCGAGCCAGCCAUAUCUAUCCUCUGUCAACCUGUGCCUCACAUCGCUCCAAUCCCAUGUACUAUCAUCAACCUCAUACGAAUGUACCCAAAGACACAAAGCGCGCCCAGGAAGGAAGUAUUAGCACGAGUGGUAUAGUAGUCCAACACCGAGUCCACCCCAUUCUGGGCUAAAGACAGGUUCCUUCUGAGCUCGUUUGACCGUCCGGAUGAAGGGAGCGAGCGAGUACGUGUACUUGCCUCCACCUAACAUAUACUGUAAUAUGUAGUGUAUGGCGCACAUGAUGUGCUUCCCCAUAGCCAUUCUCCACACACACGUGCUGGCUUCCUUGGCUAUUGCCGGCCGUAACGACGGACGACUGUAUCUUGGUCUUGAUUGGGUUGGCCGGGAAACUAAUGGCCAGACGAGAGAGAGAAGUUCAAAAUCACUCAUGUUUGAAGUAGGCAAACACCUCAGAUCGAUCCCCAGAGACGCACUGUCCGGCAGCUAAAGAAUUUUAGCAAGUUAGUAACAAUUUAUUGCAAUAAACAGUGAAUGUAAAGGUGACCCUUGGAUUGCACCACGUUUGUCAACCGACUGAUUCGAGGAGCGGGACAUCAGGCCCCCGGGUGGUUUGAGUCCAAGUUCUCGAAACGUUGCCGACUCUUUUCCAAGAUGGCCAGUUCUACUACUCAUCACACCUCUUCGGGACUCAUGAAGCAAUUGGACAAUUAUCUGAUUGUGGAUGUAGGAGCCAAUCUCACCAACAAAAAAUUCUCCCGAGAUCUCGAUUCCGUGGUCCAGCGAGCUAAAGAGUCCGGUGUGUCCAAGAUCAUGGUUACCGGGACAUCUUUGACCGCUUCCAAGGAUGCCCUCCGACUAUCGCGUCUCUAUCCCGGAGUUUUAUACGGCACUGCCGGGAUCCAUCCGCACGAUGCCAAAUCCUGGGAUGAGGAAUCCAUGCCAACUUUACGAGAACUCCUGCAGAAUCGUGAAUGCGUGGCUGUUGGCGAGUGCGGUCUCGAUUUCAACCGCAACUUUUCUCCCCCUGAAACUCAGUUGGAAGUGUUUGAGAAACAGAUCCAACUGGCUUGUGAGAUUCGCAAGCCCCUGUUCCUUCACGAACGGGAUGCGCACAAAGAGAUGGUCAACCUACUCACCCAGUACAAAGAUAAUUUGCCGACGUGCGUGAUCCACUGUUUCACUGGAACCAAAGAGCAAGCCCGCACCUACAUCGAGAUGGGAUGCUAUAUUGGUUUAACAGGUUACUUGUGGAAGGACAAGUCUGAAGAUGGAGUCAGAAGAAUUUUGGAGGACGAAAUCCUUCCCUUGGAUAGACUGCUUGUAGAGACCGAUUCUCCAUUCAUGUAUCCGAAUACCAGAGCCUCAAAACUACCUCAACACGUCAAAGACUCUUUGACGGAAAAGUCCCAGACGUUCUUGCAAAGGUAUUGCACCUUUCAACGAAAUGAGCCGUGUUCUCUUCCCGUGACCGUGGAAAUGAUCGCGGCAUAUCUUAAGAAAUCUCCUGAAGAGAUUGCUCUUGCCACCACUUUCAACGCUCUGAAGGUUUUUGGCUUGUCUGCCUAGAAGUGUCUCGCCCUCUGUGAUCGUUGUUCGUUUUUCAUGAAUACUCAAAAUUGUGCAAUCAA